AUGAAGUGUCUUGUCGUAUUCGCUUUAGUUUGCCUCGCGGCGGCGUCCGCGAGGGGACUCGCCGAAGAUGAGAAGGAUUUGGUAGCGGCUGCCAGUGGCAAGUCCCAUCAUCAUGAGGAAGGCGGUGGUCACCAUCACCACGCUGACCACCAUCAUGAACACGGAGAGAAAGGACAUAAAGGACACAAAGGUCAUCAUCAUCACCACAAGGGUGAACACGAGCAUCACGGGAAGCAUCACCACGAAGGACACCACAAAGAACACGGUGGCGGUCACAAGAAGCACUGGGAUGAGCAUGAUCAUCACGGUCAUCAUCACGAGCACGGUCAUCAUCACAAAGGAGGGAAACACGGUCAUCACAAGCAUCACGAUAAGGGAGAGAAAACUGACGGAUACCAUAAGAAAUACCAUAAGGAUCAUUUCCAUAAGGACCAUCACUUCUACGAUGACCAUCAUAACGAAGGCAAGCAUCACAAGCACGGUCAUCAUCACGGCCAUCACGAUGAGCAUGGAGGUCAUCAUAAGAAGGGUGGUCACAGUCAUCACGGACACCAUGAACACCAUCACGGUAAACACGGCCAUCACGACAAGCAUCACCAUGAUGAACAUCACAAGGGUCACAAGGGUCAUCACGGUCACGAGGAGCACCAUCACCAUCAUCACGACCAUGGCAAGAAGGGCGGUCAUCACGACCACAAGGACUGGGGCUUCCACCACGGAAAGCAUUAAGCCAAAGCACAGCUGUGAUAUUUUUAACUUUUUUACGGGUUUUUUGUUAAUUUUUGUAAAUUAUAAUUGUUAGCAAAUAAGCGUUAUGGAAAUUAAAACGAUGUGUUUUUA